UCGACACAAUCCACCUUGGCUCAAUACUAAUGAUGGGCAUUUGGCAUUUGUCUUCUAGUUACUAGGUCUCCGAGAGUACGUGACGUUGAUCGAAAUAUGAAAUAUAGUUGUUAUUCUGAUAUGUAAAAAUCUACGUUAACCAUGUCUUUGAAACAAUUGCCACCGGAUACUAUAAGAUUGAUCAGUAGCACCCAAGUCAUUACAUCUGCAUCAUCGGUAGUCAAGGAAUUAUUGGAAAACUCUAUAGACGCUCAUGCUACAACUGUUAAUAUUCGUUUGGAAAACUAUGGGCUAGACAAGAUUGAAAUACACGACAAUGGCGUUGGGAUUUCACACAGUGAUGUGCACAUGAUGUGUUUGCGUGGUUAUACAUCAAAAAUAUCUGAUAUAUCAGAUUUAGAUAAGCUGAAGUCAUAUGGAUUUCGUGGUGAAGCUCUAAGUUCUGUAUGUGCUGUAGCUGAUGUUACCAUUAUAACAAAAUCAGAAUUGGAUAAUUAUGCUAAAUUGUUUACUAUGGAUAAAAAUGGCCAUGUGAAAAGUAGUUCAAUAAGUCAUCAUCAAAAGGGUACAGUUAUUAAAAUACUUAAUCUGUUUAAAAAUUUACCAGUUCGAAAACAGAUUUAUAACUCAAAAAAACACUGCACUAAUGAUUUACGUAGAAUAGAAAAUAUUGUUAAAUCAUUAGCCGCUAUUCAACAAAACAUACGUGUUUCAUUAGUUCAUAACAAAUCUGUGCUAUGGCAAAUGACUCCAGUUAAUGAUUUAACUGUGACAUUUGGGCAAAUUUGGUCAUCAUCAAUGACUAAAUAUGUAAAGCAAUUGUCAUUUUCAAAUGAAGAGAUUAAAAUUGAUAUAGUUUUACCAAUUCAAAACAUAGAUUUACAAAAUUGUUUUUUUACAACAAAUCUUACUGAUGCAAUUUAUUUAUAUGUUAACAAGAGACCUGUCAGAGAUAAUAAAAUUGAAAAACUUAUUGCAGAAGAAUUUAGUAAUUAUUUUGGUCAUAAAUUACCUCCUGGUAAAUAUUUGCCUUGUUUCAUAUCUCUUACUAUUCCUGCUGAAACUAUUGAUAUCAAUUUGGAACCAGAUAAAUCUCGAAUAUUAUUUCACAAUCAGGAAAUGAUCAUACUCAAUAUUAAAAACUGCAUUACCAAACAUUUUUAUGAUGAUGGGGUACAGAAUAUUCAACUAAAUACUAAUGAAAUUCAAUUGAAUCAAAAUAAAAGAAAAAUAUCUUUUGAUUCAGAUGAAAUCAAAGUAAAAAAAUCUGCAAUUGAAGAUUCUGAUUCUUGUAGACUAAAUGCUGAAUCGACUAAAAUUAUUAAUGAAAGUUAUGAAUUCAGCGACGAGGACCAUAUUAUUAAGGAAUUGAGCUUAGAAGAGAUUGAUUUUGAAGAACCAUUAACAUUAAAAGAAAAUAAAAAUGAUAACAUAAUUUACUCAAAAAAUAAUGAAUUAGAAGGAACUGAUAAUAUUACAGAGUAUCAUAAAAAAUUAAUGAAUAUUAGAACAACUGUUCCUUUAAAAACUAUCCAAUCUGAUAACACAAAAGUUACAAAUUUUGAUGCUGAAAAUAUAUCAAUUUCUCAAUGGAGUAAAGGUGAUGUGGUUUUGAACGGAAAAUUAUUGAAGAGCGGAGUAUCAAUAAAAUUUGAUUUUUCACAUGCAACAUCAGAAAAAGAGACAAUACCAGAAAUUGAAAAAACUAGCGAAGUCCUUAAUUCUAAGUAUACUUCUGAAUCUCUAAAAGAUGAACUAAAUGCAGAAGUAAAAAAUACUUUUCCAGUCUAUUCUAAUAAAAGUAUUUCAGAUACUCCAUUGAAUAGUACUGUAAAACUUGCUCCUCUUUUCCGUACGGUCUCUGUUCCUGAUGAACAAGUUCCUGGUCUUAACCAUUUGGUUAAUCGUCCACAAUCUUGGACACUUCAACCUAGAUCAAAAAGACCAUUACGAGAUGUUCCUGAAGAAGACCUUAGUGAAACUGUACGUAGUGUUAGUAGUCAAAUGGGAAAUAAAGAAAUGUCAGGAUUUACAUUAUUUGCUAAAGAAAAAAGAAUAAAAAUUCUUGAAGAAAACCCUGGAAUGGAUUUUACUAAAGUUAGCAAAGAACUUGCCAAAUCGUGGAGCUGUUUAAGUGCAGAUGAAAAAGCCAAAUAUAAGGAAUUGGCAAAUAAACAAAAAAAUUGUGUAAUGACUGCUAAAAGAGAUACUGAACUACCAAAAAAAUCUUUCCAAUUUAUCUUUAAAAAUCUUAAAAGAUUUUCUACCUUAAUCAACGUAGAAUUUUCUGAAAUUAAAAAAAAUAUUUUUGAGAAGCCGAAAGUACUUCCAUUGUCUCCAUACAUACUUAUUGGAGAAGUGAAGGAUAAUAAUUGGAUUUGUUGUAUACAUAAUGAGAUAAAAGCUGUAAAUGUAUGUCGUCUUCAAGAAGCUGUAGUUUUCUUUUUAAAAAUGGCAAAUGAUGAAAUUCCACUUAAAAUGUUAGACCAAUCAAUUAAAACCAAUAAAAAAUAUUUAGGUGAAAAAAAUUAUCGUUUCCUUAUGGAUCUAGAUAAUUCAUAUGAACUAUCCACUGAUAAAUGUACUAUUACUGAUGAACGAAUAGUUAAAAAUGGUUUUAAUGUUGUUAUUGAGUUUAUUGAUAAUUCAGAAAAUGCUGAUAUAAACAUUACUGGUGUAGCUUUACACAUAUCAAAAUACGGUGCUGAGGAACUGAAACAACUUUUAGAAUUGAUGCAAUUGAAACAAGAAAAUAAUUUAUAUAGUUGCCGGCCAUUAAAAGUGAUCCAUUAUCUGAAGAGUGAAACAGUAAGACAUUGCAAAACAAUUGGACAACCAAAAACAAAGGAAGACAUUUAUAAGCUAUUUAAUCAAUGGUUUAAAAAUGAUAAGUUUUUCUCAAAUAAUACUUGCAUUCAUGAUAAACCAGUUUUUGAAUCAAUACAUAUUAUCAACGAAAACCAUAAAUAUUAAGAUGUUUAUAAAUUAUGAAUUUUUUUUUAUAAUUUUAUGGUAAUUAUAAGAAAAUUAAAUUAAUUUUAAGUAAAUUCUAAGCAUAGUGUAUAACAUCAUAAUUAGUACAUUUUAUGUACAUUG